AUGGCUGCACAUCGCUUAACAGUGUCAAGCCCAAGGACUGCACUCGCACAUGGGUUGGAUGGAUAUAAUUUGUUUCCAGGGCUUAACCAGGAACUUAUUUUCUCUAAUUGCCUAAAAUUAGAUCAGAAUACAUGGAACCACAUAAUGGCGGAUGCGCAGCUUAGAAUUAUGCGGGGAGUAGACUACAAUGGCUAUCUUAAUGCCACUGAGGCCUCUUUUGACUUCAACCAAGUGGAUGGUUUUAAGAGACCCGUUAAGGAUUUCCAAAAUCAGGUGAAGAGUUGUGGGCUCCGGUUGUUGUAUGGCAUGGAUGCUCAGAAAUUUGUGUUAGGGGAACAGAAAGUAGGAGAAGAUACUAAAACUACAAGAUGCCAUGAUGAGGAACAAGUAGAUGAACUACUUCUUCAAAAAAUUGGAAAUGCAAAACUGGAGGGGCAAUAUUAG